GACGAUUCCUGAGUCAAGACAGUGACGUGCUUAAGGUUUCACAUGACUCAGUUCUUGGUAACCCUGACAAAGUGCAUGGACAGGAAAACCGCACCUCAGAGUGGAUUACUUCCAGAGGCGUACUGAACACCGAGUGCACCUCAGGUGAAACCCGGGUAUCGGCUACAGUUAUGCUCUGUUUUGUCUUGAUUAACUGCCUGCCACAGCAGUGUGCGGUUUGAAUCAAGAUGUCAAGUUAAUCUCCAAUCUUUACGUCGUGAUGAGGAGGAAGACAAUGAACUUGUUUAACAAGGUUUUCAUGUUCAUCCUGGAGAAAAAUACUUGGAGAAAAAUGCUGUAGGACUCAAUUCUUUCGAUCAGAUUGCUCUCAGCAAAAAAUGUUUCUUCCUGGAUGGUCCAUUUGGUAUGUUGUACUUACUCUGCAAGCUUCAGUCUAUGGUUUGGAGAUUUCUGGAUAUGGCAACCAUGAAGUCAAUUGUCCACAGGGUCUCUCUAAUUGUGCCUUGACGGAUUCCAUGCUGAUUCGUCAUGCUGAAGCAGAGGAUGACGCCGUGAAGGUCCAAAACCUGACGCCAUACAUCAAACUCUGCUGUAAGGACGGAGAGCCAUGUGCAUUAUGUCUGACGAUAGACAUAGAGAUCAACAUCCCUCAGGAUCAAGACAGGGAAGAUGAAGAGCAAUCUGGACAUGAAGAGGAAUAUGAUGCGUUUGUGACAGUGUGUUACACUACAGGACUUACCACACCCAGUUGCAAGAAGGUGCAGUUUACAGUUAAUCACACAGCUCUUGCUCAACCAAACCAGGCAAAGCUUUCCAUGGAGAUUGCUAGGCCACAUGAUGUUUCUUUCAGCAAUCAAGUGUUUGUUUAUUCUUCUGAAUCACCAUACCCACGUCAAGAAGUUAUUGUUCCUCCUCUAGAUGAAGUGUGCUCCCAGGAUCUGCAGGGACAUGUCGUAGAAGAGUGUUAUGUGCCAAGACUAAGCUGGGUAAUCAACCACGAGAUGAACUGGGUGGAGCUGAAGUCCGCUGACACCAAUAAGAGCCUCCCAUCUGUGUGCGUCCAGUAUGAGCCCAAUGGAAGAUGUGUGAAAUGGAACAUGAAGCCCAUCUCGAUGGAUUCUGUGACCUCCUGCAUGUGUUUCCAGGCAUGGGAUGAGGAUGGUGAGAGGUCAAGGCGUUCUCUGACCUGCCCCUUCAAGACAGAUGUCUUUCAAAGGAAAGUUUGGCAGAAUGUGAUAGUGUCUGUAGACCAGCGACAAAUGAACAACUACCGCCCAAUGCUGAGGUGGAACCUGUCUGCCCCCUGCAGGCUGGAGGGUGAAGUGUGGCUCUGUAGCAAAAAGAGCAGCUGCACAGAGAUGAAGGGCUUCAGACAACAGCUGAUAGCUGUCACGUGGAAACAAAACAGCAUCCAACAGUGGGAGAAUAUUGGAGAGUUUGAAGACAUCGACAUUCAGCUCUUGCCAUGUGUGAUGGUGAAAAUAAAGGGAAUGGGACGUGAGCUUGGCCCAUUUUGUUUAAAUGAGACUGACAGGUUGCGCUGGAGUCUCCUGAUUGUUGGUGUUAUGCUGUUGGUCUGCUUGACUGUGCUCAUAAUCUAUCUCCUUCAUGGCUUUGUCAAGAAAUGGGCGUGGAGCUGGCGUCAUGGUGGAUUUGUAGCGGUUGGCAGAAUGCGUCAUGUGGUGUUGCUGAGCCCCCCAGAUCUGGACGAUGAUGUUCUGGAGUCAGUAUCUCGUCUUGGCUCCCUGCUCUGCAACCAAGGCUUCAGUGUGUCUGUGGACCAGUGGAGCAGAAACGAGCAGUGCACUCUGGGACCUCUACCAUGGCUGCACUCCCAGUUACUGGAGCUGAAUAGCCAGGGCGGCCGAAUUGUGCUUGUUGUGACUCGCAAAGCUUUGGAGAGAGUAGAGGAAUGGACUCAUUGGCACAAAGAGGUUAAGGGGAAAGACCUGGCUCUCCCACUGAUAGGAUCCCCCUAUUCUGAUUUGUUCAUGGCCUGCCUGUGGCUCAUACAGGCGGACAAGCAGCUGGGCCGAGCUGGAAAGCGUUUUCUUCUGGUUAAAUUUGAUUCCAACCCAUGCAGUGACAGGACUCUACCAGAGCUUCUUCAGGGGCUGCUGCUGUUCAAGAUUCCCUCUCAGACCCAGGAUCUGUUGACUGAGCUCUCUGUGGGAAGGGCUAAAAGGACAUACACAGUGUAAAAAUGGACUGUCUCAGAGGGACUUAAAGCAAAGACUAAAGAGGAACUAGACCAGCGGAAGGCAUCAUACACACACACACAUACACACACAGUAAAUAUGUUGAAGCUGAGAAAAACUUGAAGACCAAGCCUUUGAGAUACCUAUAAAUGUCAUCCUAAAUAUUACUGUUGCCCUGUGUAAAUGAAGGACACAAACAUCGCACACAAAGUCUGUCUGGCAUUAAUCAAUAUUGUAGUUUUUGUCACAGGAUGACAUAAAAUGACCAAAACCAAUGGUAUGUUUGUCCAUCUCUCAGUACUUUCCAACUUAACUUCCCUGUCUGGUACUUUGUUUUUGUUGUUGUUGUUUUUUACUGGAAAUGUUAAACAACUUCCUUAAACUGCUGACUGCAUUUGCUGCGGAUUUGACGUGCCAAUGUACAUUUGUCAACACUUCUAUAAAUAAAUAUACAUAUUUUUGUACGA